AUGAAUAAAAGAAAUAAGAAAGCUUCUAAAAGCUUCAUAAAAACACUCAAAUCUAUUCUUGAAGUAUUAUCCUUUAUAAUUUAUACUUUAGACAGAUGAGUAUUCCUCCAUUAUUUAAUAAACUCCUGAAAAUGAUGGAUUCAUUAUUUUGGAUUAAUAAUCAUUAGAAAACAUUAUAUUACCUUAACAUUAUAAUAUUAAGAAUUUUGAUAGCUUCAGAAGGUAUUUAUAAUAUCACUAUUAGGUCUUUAAACAUUUAUGGUUUUUAAGUUAAGAAAAGUAAGGAUGGCAAAAAGCUCUAUUACAAUAAAGAUAACAAUUUUAGAAAUGAAACUACUUUCAAAAGAGUUCCUAAAAAAUCCAUUCAAGAACAUAUUGAUCUUUUAGAUUAGACUAAUUUGUAACUCUAUUUUCAAUUAAUGGAACUAAAAUAAUAGUAGGAGUCUAUAUUUUUAUAAAUUUAAAAAGUAAUCUAAAUACAACAAUUAAUUUCAAAUUAAAUGAAAAAUCUUCUGAUAGUAUUAAUAUAUAUUUAAUAUCUAGCGAUACUCAAAAGGAGCAAUUUAUGAAAUGGCUCUAGUUUAGAAAUUUCCUAAAUUUUUUUAUAUGUUCUUUUAAUCUCUAUAGAAUUAACAAUAUAGUAAUUUAAAUAUUAAAAUUUAGAGAAACACAUAAAAAAAUCAAUAGUAUAGGCCACUAAAUAAAUUAAUUAGGCUCAAAAUCCUGAUAUUAAAUUAUAAAAUACUAAUACUAUUUGUUAAUUACUACGUAAACACUUAUAAUAGUUUAAACUAAAUUUAUCAUUUAAUAUUUAGAUACUAUUGAAUAAUUUAGAUUAACCAGAAGAGAUUGAGUAAUCAAUACAUGAAUAUGAAAGUAAUUUUAGUAAUUAUUUUUGUUUAAACUAAAAAUAAAAUAAUUCUUAGAUUUGA